GCAACAUCUGUGUUUCAAAGUUCAUCGUGGACUCGACUCGAGUCGAGGUGACUCCGGCCCUGAGUUCCGCGCCUCUGAAAGUCUCGUUACAUUGUAUAACAACCCGUGGCCGAACCUAACAGAUUCUGUCCCAUACCUACACACCCACACUACUGGGACUAUGACUUCAAGAGUGCCUAGAGUGCUGCUGACGAACGAUGACGGUCCUCCUGGGCCAGAAUCACCCUACGUCUAUGGAUUGUACCAGCAUCUAACCAAGGACCUAGGAUGGGACGUAAAGGUUGUCUUGCCCAGCUCGCAGAAGUCCUGGAUCGGCAAGGCGUACCAUAUUCACGAAGUCAUCAAUGGGAGGUUCUACUACCCGCGAGGACCAGAUGGUGAGGGAGAGCUCUCAGAGCAAUCAAGGCCAUUGCGCGAGGGAGAGACUGCGGAGUGGAUCCUACUAGAUGGGACCCCUGCGACGUGCUCGAACAUAGGACUCAACAAUCUCUACCAUGGUGAGAUUGACCUCGUGAUUUCCGGCCCCAACUUCGGUCGGAAUAGCUCUGCCGCCUUCGCCCUCUCCUCGGGCACCAUCGGCGCCGCCAUGUCGGCCAGCCUCUGCCGCACGCGCGCCAUCGCCCUUUCCUACGGCACCGUCCUCAACCCCGUCCCCCCAGAGCUGCACGCGCCCGCGCACGUCCUCGCGACCAAGAUCCUCGCGUACCUCCUCGCGAACUGGGGCGCCGACACGGACGGCGGGCUGCGCGGCGGCGAGGUCGACCUCUACAACGUGAACGUCCCCAUGGUCACGGACCUCCUCAGCGACGCCGGCCUCCCCAUCUGCUGGACGACCAUCUGGCGCAACGCGUACGGCCGCCUGUUCAAGGCGCACCGCGACGAGCGCGCCGCGGAGGACGCCGCGCAGGUGGUGUCGGGCGCGGGCCCGGACUCGCAGGCGGAGGGCAAGAAGGCGAGGGCGCUAGGCGGCGUGGAGGAGGCGCAGCCCGAGGAGGCGGGGAGGCUGUCGUUCAGGUGGGCGCCGGAUAUGACCGGCCUCAUCAAUCCCCAGUUGUCUACGCUCCCUGUUGGCAGCGAUGGAUGGGCGAUCAGGAAGGGAUGGGCGAGCGUGACGCCUAUACGGGCGAGCUUUGCGGAGCCCACCUCGGAGCCGGUGACAGACAUCGAGGAGAAGAUCUGGAAGAUGAAGCUGUGAUACUAUAUCUUUGUACAGCUAGGUUGAAUAGCAAUGACGAAUGCACGGAACGUAUCCAACCGUCCCCGAAAG